GCCGGGCCAGGGGGCGCCUAGCUCGGCAGCGGCUCGCGAGUGAGAUGCAGUGAGGUCGGACGGGCGGGCGCGCUGGGCUGGGGACACGGCUGCGCUGCAGAGAUGUGACUCGGACCGAGGGCCAGCAGGAGCAUCGGCGCUGCGGGGCCGCGGGGGUCGAGAGAAAGAUGAGAACCCACCAGGUGCUUGCUUUCCUCCUGCUCUUCGUGAUUGCCUCCGGGGCCUCCGAGAACACCAGCACGUCCCGGGGCUGCGGGCUGGACCUCCUUCCUCAGUACGUGUCCCUGUGCGACCUGGACACCAUCUGGGGCAUCGUGGUGGAGGCCGUGGCGGGGGCGGGCGCCCUGAUCACACUGCUUCUCAUUCUCAUCCUCCUGGUGCGCCUGCCGUUCAUCAAGGACAAGGAGAAGAAGGACCCCGUGGGCCUCCACUUCCUCUUCCUCCUGGGGACCCUGGGCCUCUUCGGCCUGACGUUCGCCUUCAUCAUCCGGGAGGAUGAGACCAUCUGCGCCGUCCGCCGGUUCCUCUGGGGCGUCCUCUUCGCGCUCUGCUUCUCCUGCCUGCUGAGCCAGGCGUGGCGCGUGCGGAGGCUGGUGCGCCGCGGCAAGAGCCCGUCGGGCUGGCAGCUGGUGGGCGUGGCCCUGUGCCUGAUGCUCGUGCAGGUCAUCAUCGCCAUCGAGUGGCUCGUGCUGACGGUGCUGCGCGACGAGAAGCCGGCCUGCGCCUACGAGCCGAUGGACUUCGCCAUGGCCCUCAUCUACGACAUGGUGCUGCUCGUGGCCACCCUGGGGCUGGCCCUCUUCACGCUGUGCGGCAAGUUCAAGAAGUGGAAGCAGAACGGGGUCUGCAUCCUGGUCACGGCCUUCCUCUCCGUGCUCGUCUGGGUGGCCUGGAUGACCAUGUACCUCUUCGGCAACGCGGAGCUGCGGCAGGGAGACGCCUGGGGAGACCCCACCUUGGCCAUCACGCUGGUGGCCAGUGGCUGGGUCUUCGUCAUCUUCCACGCCAUCCCAGAGGUCCACUGCACCAUCCUGCCCUCCCCGCAGGAGAACGCACCCAACUACUUCGACACGUCGCAGCCGAGGAUGCGGGAGACGGCGUUUGAGGAGGACGUGCCGCUGCCGCGGACCUACAUGGAGAACAAGGCCUUCUCGAUGGAUGAACACAGCGCAGCUCUCCGAACAGGAUUUCGCAAUGGCAGCUUGGGAAACAGACCCAGCGCUCCAUUCAGAAGUAACGUGUAUCAGCCAACUGAGAUGGCCGUUGUGCUCAACGGGGGGACUUACGCGGGCCUCUCACUGUUGUAGUCUCUCCCGUUGAGGAGCACAGGCUCCAGACACGCAGACCCAGCGGCCAUGGCCCACGGGCCCAGCCGCUCCACAGCAUGUGGGAUCCUCCCGGACCGGGGCACGAACCCAUGUCCCCUGCAUCGGCAGGCAUACUCUCAACCACCGCGCCACCAGGGAAGCCCAAAAUAAAGUUAUUUUUAAAAAAGAAAGAUGACAUUUUUAUAGCAGUUAUCUCUGGAUGGUGAGACUUAGAAUUAUCUACUUUUUUGUUCAAUUUUCCACAAAGGGCAAGUAUUACUUUUCUAAUCAGUUAAGAAGGAAGUUAUUUUUAAAAAUUCUGUUAAAACAAGUGCCAACAGUAUUCUCCUUUUCUACAAAGCUGAUAAAGCUCACAUCUCCUCAAGAGUCGAAUACACACUAAUGCCAACUCCUCUGGGCCGGGCUUCUCAGUGUUUCAUGUUCUCUCAUGUACAUUAUCUCAUGUGAGAUUCACAACCUCUUUGUGCUGUAAACAAGGCAAAUACCUAUUUUCUUCCUGAAUGUAAUUUAUAUCCUGCUUCCUCCCUAAAAGGAUUUCAGAUAAUUUACAAAAAAUAUAUAGUUAAUAAAAAUAGAAAAAAGAAAACCAAGUCUGAAGAGAAAUGGAGAAUUUAGAUAUGCUAACCAAGAAGAGUCAGUAAGUUGCUAUAAAUGAGGUUUAAAUUGAACUCUGAGCUUCCUGGCAGACUAGGCAAAAAGGAGAAGUUAGGGAAGAAGCAAACCAUUUCCCCAAGGGGAGCCACAUUUUUUCCUGGCACCGUUUGCUGGAAACAUUUCUCAUAUGGGGAUUUAUUUUUGUAAAAAGAUCUAAUGGACCAUGAUCCAGGAAUUCUACUCCUAGGUGUACACUCAAGAGAUACUCUUAGAUAUCCACCAGGAAUGCUCAUAGCAGUUUUAUUCAUAAUAACUAAAAACUGUAAACAACUCAAAUAUCCAUGAAGAGUAGAGUGAUAAACAACUGUAGUAUAUUCAUACAAAGGAAUACUAUACCACCAGUGGAAAAGAACAAAUUACUGAUACAACCAAGAUGGCUGAAUCACAUAACAUGUGGAGUGAGCAAGCCAGAUAUAAAAGACUUUUAUUUAAAAGAUGAUCAAAAAACAGGUAAAACUAGUCGAGGAUGAUAGAAACCAAAACAGUGAUUACCUGGGGGCAGGGGGUGAGAGGUCAGGAAGAUGAGGUAGGCGGGGUGGAUUGAUUGGGAUGGGGCAUGGCGGAGCCUUCAGGAAUAAUGGAAUCUUGACCUAUCUUGACCUAAAGCUGGUUGGUACAUGGGGAAGAUGUCUAUUCAUAUCCUCUGUCCAUUUUUAAAUGUUUGGGGGUUUUUUUGAUGUUGAGUUGUAUGAGUUCUUUGUAUACUUUGGAUAUUAACCCCUUAUCAGAUAUAUCAUUUGCAAAUAUCUUCUCCAAUUCAGUAGGCGGCCUUUUCGUUUUGUUGAUAGUUUUCUUCUCUGUGCAAAAGCUUUUUAGUUUGAUGUGGUCCCAUUUGUUUAUUUUUGCUUUUAUUUCCCUUGCCUGAAGAGACAUAUCCAAAAAAAAUUGCUAAGACUGAUGUCAAAGAACGUACUGCCUAUGUUUUCUUCUAGGAGUUUUAUGGUUCCAGGUCUUACAUUUAAAAGAAUAAAACUGGACUACUUUCUCACACCAUAUAGAAAAGUAAAUUCAAAAUGGAUUAAAGACUUAAAUGUAAGAA